AUGGAGUUGACCACGCUAGUUCCCCUAUCUCAAAUCUGGGAUACGAUGAAGCUAACCCAAAAGUUUCAAGUGCUUCUUGCCAUGACACGUCUCCAAAAGCAAUGGCUAAACGUGUCAUUUUCUCAUUAUGGCAGCUUAUACUACGCAGGAGAUGUACAGUCACCAACAGGAACUCACUACGUCAGGGAUGGCAGGGCUGUCAAAGAUUUUGGCAUCGCUAUUGGCCCGACUACAGGCAGGGAUUGGGUGGAUGGGGGUAUAUCGGUUUUAGACAUCGAGAGAGGGCCUUGGCCGUCUGUGACGGAGUAUCUACAAGCAGUCGGGUCGCGAGAGGCGAAGGCAAUGAAACACUUGAUACCCCCUAAACAGAUUGCCUUAUUCUGCGGCCCAAGGCUCUACCAACCGGAUAUCGGAAAAAAGCGGACUGCUCUAGCAAGGUAUCAACAAAUCGUUGAUGACCUUAUCCCCAAGGACACUAGGAUAACCAAUCCGUACCUCUGGCAUCAUGAUUUGCAUAGUGACAACAUUUAUGUGGACCCAGAUAACCCCGAAAAUAUCACAGGUUUCAUUGACUGGCAGUCAUGCCACAUUUCGCCUCUCUUUAACCACAAUCCCGACCCGGCCUUCCUUGAAGGGGAUGGUUUUGAACCCGAGACUCUCGACCUGAUCCCAAGACCAAAUCUCUCUGGACUUUCCCCAGAACAACGAUCCGCGGCAGUGCGCGAGUAUAGCUUCCUUAAUACCUUUCUUGGAUGGCGAAAACUCAUGCAUGCCAAAAACCCAGACAUGUAUCAAGCGAUUUAA